CAGAUCUCACCCUCAAGCCAUCCAUAUAAUCCCAGCCGCCACAGAGAACCUCACCAGUGCAAAGACCCACAGUUCUGUGAACAGCUCUUGUGUGCCUUAGAUAACUAUUAACACCACCAUGGAGUUUCUGGGUGUCCGACAGCCUUUCACCCAUUUUCAGGAGGAAAAGUAUCAGAUGCUGGAGCUAAACCAACGUCUUGAAUCAUACUUGGGUCGUGUAAAGCUUCUGGAGGAAGAGAACAAACUACUAAAAGAGGAGAUCUACACACUCAAGAAGAGCGCAGAGCCACCGGGCCAACGCAAAGCUCAGGAGGAGGCACUCAUCAAGACCAGGAAGAUGAAGGAAGAAGUCUGGAGAGAGAAAGAUCGUGUGGAGAUGGAGGUGGAGAACCUGAUUGAAGAUAUACAGAUGGUGAACAUUCAGAGGCAGAAAGAAAAGACUGCCCAUGCUGAAGCUCAGAAGCGACUCGCAGACAGCAAAAAAGAGCUAGAAGAGGAGCGGAGAGCUCAGAAUUGGCUUAGGGAGAAGUUUGCCCAGCUUGAGAACGACCUUGUGCUACAGAUGCAAGUCCACCAGGAGAACAUGGAAACUUUGCAGGCCUCUCUGAAACAGACAAAGCAAGUCUUGAUGGCUCCUCAGAUCAUCCAAACUAACAUCAUCCCAGACCUGGGACAGGAGUAUGGCCACAGAGCAGCUCAAGCCUGGAAGGAGGCAACCAGCAAAUAUCAGAGAAAGGUGGAAAAUCUGGAGGAAAGUCUAAACCAGGCAAAGACCAAUAUGGGAAAGCUUCAUCAGGAGAAAAGAGAAAAGCAGUAUCAGAUUCAACAACUGGCUAAGGAACUGGAGAGCAUGAGGAUGAAGAGAGAAAUGCUGGAGAAGCAUGCGGUGCAACAGAGAGAUGAACACAGCGAGGAGCUUCAGCAUCUUCAGGCUCAAGUAGAUGCUCUGGAGAUGGAGAAGGAGACUCUGGGACAGGAGAUUGGCAGCUUGAUGGUGGACAGACAGAACCUGCUGCAGGUUAAGAUGUCUCUUGGACUAGAGUUGGCCACAUACAGAGCUCUACUGGAAAGCGAAGGCAUGAGAAUCAACAAAUCAUCGACAAAUCAGACUCAAUCUACUUUUCAUUUAGAUGCACUCUCAAAGCCCACUGGGACCCACCCGGCCUCAAAGACCUCCAGCCAAUUCAGCAGUAUUGUGUCUACAAGUCACAGAUCAAUCGGCUCCUCUCGAAAACUGCUGACCAAUGUGACUCCGACAUGGACCCUGACUCGAGGGAGUCCACAGAAGAAACCCACCAGCACCUCAGGGACAGACAAGAAAAUGGUUAAUCUUUCAGAGGAGAAAGGUGCCCAGGAGUCUGUGAAUAAUUUCCAUCCAAAGAAAGACCUUCAAGAUAUGACACGUACAGCAACUCCUCCCCAAACCAUGGCAGACAGUGUGACAGAAGAACCAGAAGAUCUUAAGGUUGAGAGUGAGCCAAAAUGCACUGAAAAGGUUGAAUCUAAAACCAAUGAAUCUGUAUUGAUGAGUGUGUUGCCAACUGACCUUACAAGUAGCCUCUCCCAGACUCCUGAAACAGAGAGCUGGGCUGGUCCAUUUACAGAACCUGCAGGGGUUUCAGAAGAAAGCAAAGAUGAAGACACUGAGGUGUCUGUGGAGAUGGCUCUGAUCUCACAUGCACCUAAGGUUGCCUGGGAGGAAAAUAAAACCAUGGGAGAUGAUAAAGAGGACGCUUCUGAGAUGGAUGUAAGAUCAGAGACUAUUAGUGAAAGUCACAUAAUUGGGAAUGCAGAGAGUGACAAUCCAUUAACAUUCAGCCAUGUCAGUAAAAAUACCAAUAUAAUGGUUUCAUCGAUUCAAGAACCUGCAUCUUUAUACACAGUGGAUGGUUUUGGCUACAAGGAAGAAACAAAUGAAGAUCUGAUGAGAGGAGAUGAAAAGGACAAUGUCAGCAAUAUUAGUGAGGAUUUGUCAGAGCCCAUGAACAGUGAAACAGAAGCAGCAAUUGAUUCAAUUAUAGAGUGGAACAGAGAGGAAGACAACGAGGAACAGAACAGGAUAAAAGUAAAAGGCCCUGAUUCUGAAGUUGAGGAAAAGAAUGAGAUAAAAGUAAUUAGCUCUGACUUUGAUGUUGAGGAACAGAAUGAGAUAAAAGUAAUGAGCUCUGACUUCGAGGUUGAGGAACAGAAUGAGACAAAAGUAACAAACCCUGACUUUGAGGUAGAGGAACAGAAUGACAUAAAAGUAAUGAGCUCUGACUUCGAGGUUGAAGAACAGAAUGAGAUAAAAGUAAUGAGCUUUGACUUUGAGGUUGAGGAACAGCAUGAGACAAAAGUAACAAACCCUGAUUUUGGGGUCGAGGAACAGAAUGACAUAAAAGUAAUGAGCUCUGACUUUACUGUUAAAGAAGAGAAUGAGAUAAAAGUAAUGAGCUUUGACUUUGAGGUUGAGGAACAGCAUGAGACAAAAGUAACAAACCCUGACUUUGGGGUCGAGGAACAGAAUGACAUAAAAGUAAUGAGCUCUGACUUUACUGUUAAAGAAGAGAAUGAGAUAAAAGUAAUGAGCUCUGACUUUGAGGUUGAGGAACAGAAUGAGAUAAAAGUAAUGAGAUCCGACUUCAAAGUUGAGGAACAGACUGAGACAAAAGUAACAAGCCUUGACGUUGAAGUUGAGGAACAGAAUGAUAUAAAAGGAAUGAAGUCUGACUUCGAGGUUAAGGAACAGAAUGAGACAAAAGUAACAAGCCCUGACUUUGAGGUUGAGGAACAGAAUGAGAUCAUAGCAAUGAGCUCUGGCUUCAAAGUUGAGGAACAGAAUGAGAUAAAAGUAACAAGCCCUGACUUCGAGGUUGAUGAUCAGAAUGAGACAAAAGUAACAAGUCCUGACUUUGAGGUUGAGGAACAGAAUGAGAUCAUAGCAAUGAGCUCUGGCUUCAAAGUUGAGGAACAGAAUGAGAUAAAAGUAACAACCCCUGACUUUGAGGUUGAGGAACAUAAUGAGACAAAAGAAGUUACAAUCCCUGACUAUGAGGUUGAGGAACAGAAUGAUAUCAAAUUAAUGAGCUCUGACUUCGAGGUUGAGGAACAGAAUGAGACAAAAGUAACGAGCGCUGACUUUGAAGUUGAGGAACAGAAUGAGAUAAAAGAAGUAACAAGCCUUGACUAUGAGGUUGAGGAACAGAAUGAGAUCAAAGUAAUGAGCUCUGACUUCAAAGUUGAGGAACAGAAUGAGAUAAAAGUAACAAGCCCUGACUUGGAGGUUGAUGAACAGAAUGAGACAAAAAUAAAAAGCCCCGACUUUGAGGUUGAUGAACAGAAUGAGACAAAAAUAAAAAGCCCUGACUUUGAGGUUGAGGAACAGAAUGAGAUAGAUGUAACAAGCCCUGACUUUGAGGUUGAUGAACAGAAUGAGACAAAAGUAAAAAGCCCUGACUUUGAGGUUGAGGAACAAAAUGAGAUAGAAGUAACAAGCCCUGACUUUGAGGUUGAGGAACAGAAUGAGAUGAAAAUAAUGAGGCCUGAUGUUGAGGCUGAGAAAUGGGGUGAAGUAGAGAUUGAAAAUGAAAUAAAGGAUACGAUUGUAACUAAAGAAAACGAAGAACCAGUGAUUAUGAAAGAUGUUGAUGGAGGCCUUCAAACUGUAGAUUCUCAAAAAAACCUUGAUCAUGUGGGGAGUACAAUAGACGUCAUAGAAGAAACUGUAGCACAUAUUGAGGAAUAUAGGGGAGAAGAAGAAAACCAAGAGGAUGAUGAGGACUCCCAAAACAUAUCUGUUUCAUGCACAACUGAUCCUGGAGAUUGUGACAGCUACACACAAGAAAACACAAUAGCAGACACCCGCCCAUUGAUUCGUUAUAAAAGUGACGAUGAAACAGACAUAAAUGUACAACCAGCACACUUUGGGGGUGCUGAGAUGAGUGACAGUGAGGACGAGAAGGAAAGGAUAGAUGGAGGUCGGUGUGGUGAAGGCGUCUCCAAACGCUUUAACACAAUGGAAGAUCUCUCUGAAGAACCAGACAUAGAUGUCAUUGGAGAGAUGAUAACAGAAGAAACUGUUCAGACAGAAGAAGCACUGGAAGAUGAAGAUUUGGUGGUGGAGGGAGAAAGUGUAACAGCUAAUCUCAUGGGAAACCAGAAGGUAGACAGUGAUGAUGAUGAUGUAAGAGAUGAGGAUCAUGGUUUCAAUGUUUGUGAGCAAAAGGAGAUUCCACAACUGAAUGAAGAACCACUAAUUCAUCACACCGAACAGCCCGUCCAUAAGGAUGAUGAAACAGUCAAUUCAAACGAUAGUCAAAAAAAUGACUUACAAUUUGUUAACAAUCAAUCCUCAUUCCCAGAUCCACAAUUUCCUGAAACCUCACAGGAAGUACAACUUCAAGAUUCUAAUGAAGUUUCAUCAGCAUUUUUCCAAAGCACUACAAUCACAAAACAAACCUUUCUAGAAGACGUCCAGAACAUGUCCAUGCACACCAACAUGGAUUUCAUGGAAACUCUCCCUUUGGAGAGCGAGAUAAAUAGUCAGCCAGACUUGCCCAACUUUGACCAGGAUGAGUGUAACAGUUCAGACGAUGAGUCUCCAAAUGCCAGCCAGUCCUUUCAGUAUUCAUCUCUUUCACCAAAGGCUACUGCCAAUGAACAGCCAUUAACCUUGGCAGCCCAACUCACUAAUGAUAAAGUCUCUGAAGCUGAUUUAGUGUCUAACAAUGAACCAGAAGUAUUCAGUAAGGACUUUAUAGAGAAGAGCUCCGAAGACCAUAAAACUUCUCAGAUUCAUGAUUGGGACAAUUCAGACAUUUGCAAAAGCACAGCCACCACAGCAGACAUCACCUUCAGUAUGGAUGAAUGUUCAAGCCAGCAUCCAAUGAAGCAUGAGACUGAGAAUUUAGACAGUCCAAACAGAAUGGCAAGUGUAGCUGAAAACAUCUUUGGGGUUUUUGAGAAAAAUACAACGGAGAGUUUUUCCACACAAGAAUCAAAUGUGAUUGCCAUCUUCCAAAGAGACAUUCCAGAAGAGGAAUUCCCAUCAAAGGAAAAGGAGAGUGAAAUUCACAGUUUCUUUAGCACUAAUUUAAAGGAAGAUUUCUGGAAUGAAGGAAAAAUGGAGAUGGGAGCUACGAAUGACCCGGUGAAAACUGAAACCUUCACACAUGAAUCUAUUCACUUAAACCAGGGCAUGGUCUUCGGAGAGGAAUGGAGAGAUCUGGGAGUCAUGCCAACAGCUAAUGGAAACUCUAAAGAAGAAAUGAAGAUCUUCAAAGUUCAGACACAAGAUGAGAAGCUGAGGCAUAAGGCUGAAGAAUCAAGGCAAGCAGAGAUGAUCCAAUCUGAUGAGUCUGUGGAUGGUGGAGAUUCUUGGUCAUCUGGUGAUGAGUAACUGUCCUGCCUAAAACGAAAAACUAAUUUUAGUUCUGUCCAAUAACAGUUUCUAUUUAUGACUAAACCAAAAACCUUAAAAAAAGUAGUAAUGUUAAAUAAUAAAAAUAUGUAUAAUAUUAAAAGGUGAAAUGAAACAUUUUUACUUACAGAAAUGAAACUAGACAUGAGAAAAAGUCCAAUGUGUGUGAUGUGUCAUGUUUUUACUCAUCAAUUUAACAGUCAGCUGUCAUACGGAUAAGGAGAUUUUGUUUUAGCUGUCAACUGUAUGAAGUGUCAUUUCAUGUUUGUUGUUUAUUUAUGCCAUAAUCAGACCAGCUUCCUGUUGAUCUCUUUAUGUGUCAAUUUUCAAAAAUAAAAGAACAAAAAAUCA